UUCUACGCAGCUGUAUAAAACCCUGUCGAUUCAAAGGAUAAGUUUUACAAUUCCAAGGGAAAAUAUACUGUCACUUAAAACGGAAAAAGUGUAUUUUCACCCGGGAGAAGUGUAUUUUUAACCGGUAGAUCCGGGAAAAAUCUGGGAAUUCUUUUUCCUUGUCGAAGUAUACACCCUGUUAUUAAACUGCAGGGUGGAAGUUUACACAUGUAAAAUUGCCAUGUUAGAAAUUUUGAUAAUUUAUGCAAGCUCUUAAUUAAGGACUUCACUGAAUAGUGAAGAGUGUUGUCUGGUUAAAAAGUAUUAGGGCAACACAAGUAUAAUGUCAAAUCCUGGAAUCUGACCUCACGCCAGUCUGCAUUGAGCUAAAACACGUGCAUUUCGGCCUCCUCUAGUAAUACGGUGUUGGCUCUCCUGCCAACCACAACAGCAUGUAUGAACAAAACAGAUUCAGUCCAAAAGGGCUCGGAGGUGGUUUACACUGAAGGCUCAAUGGCUGAUGGUGACGCAGGCUUCACAUAUGUUCAUGGAGGACAUAUUGAGCAGCACUCCUUGCCAGAUGGCUGCAGUGUUUUCACUGCAGAGAUGGCGGCCAUAUCUCGUGCUCUUGAGUACAUCCGCUCAUGCCCUGUUUCUGCGGAUUGUCUCAACAAAAAAUCUAGUUCUUAAAGAAGAAGCCAGACAACUUAUAUGCAGUUAUUUUGUGGCCUGUCGCAGAGUAAGACCUGACUGUCUUCCUGUUGGUGCAAUAGAAACAAUCACAGCACUGUCUGAAGGGCACGCAAGGUUGUCGAUGAAAAGUGAAGUAUGCUAUGAAGAUGUUUUGCCUGUUCUAAGACUCUAUGAGGAAUCUCUGUAUGCAAUAUUUGGGAACUCUUUUGUAUCUCCUCCACCAAUUGCAAGGCAAAGUGGACUUACUUCAAUGAAAUCUUUAAUUAUGCAGACAAAGACUGAGAUGGAACAUUUUUCAGCCUGGAUAAUUAACUACAUCAAAUCUGUAAUUGGAGUACAUCCCUUUCAGUAUUGCAAUGCUGAAGAAUAAUACAGCUUAUCAAAUUUGUAAUUUAUUGUCUUGUCACAAACUACUAUCAGCUACAUGGUAGACAGGCACAAUUUCUUACUGAAUUAACAAAUGGUUUAAAUAUGUUCUAUUCUGCCAAAUCCUGCCUCAAUUGUCAGUUUUUAAAGAAAGGCAGUAAUUUCUGCAACAAGAAUGUUACUGCUAUCACUUAAAUUAGUAUCAUAUGUGAAAUGAUAUAUUUUGUAAGCUUCAAGCACUAAUGGGAAUGAGGGGCUAGAAAUUUGUUCAAGUAACCAAAUCAAACGAACAGUUUUUACACAUACCUGUUAGGACAAAUUUCCAGAAAAGUGAGUGUGGUUAUUAUUUUGAUAUCAAAAGAUGCAACAGAUCUUUUUAAAAUAUCAUUUGAGUAUCUUCCACUUCAAAAUUUAUCUACAAAAAUAUUUUUAAUGUACAACAAUACUGAAUAAAUCUGUACAUCAGUGUGACCAAGCAACAACAGAAUCCACACAUCAAAUAAGUGUGAAAGUUAAAUAUUAUUGUACUACCUAUAAUGUCUGCAGUGAAUAAAAUUUGUCACUUGGGUUCAGCAUCCAUUUUAGUCUAUAGGCUCACAUCUGUAUUCUUAAGAAUACUAACAAUAAGUUUUAGGAACAGUUUUAAUAUUGAGCACAGAGAAUAGGUUAUAUUAUAUUGUCAUCAAGCAGAAUCAGUUGGAAAAAUAGCACAGGCGUUGGUUCC